AUGGCGAUGAGAGAAAAGCUAUUUCUUUCUGCUAGCCUACUUCCCUCCUGUUCACGACAACGACUCCGCUCUUUGUUGAGUGGGCAGAACUAUUCACUAAGCCAACAGGUUAGCGAAGGCACUUUUUCCGGUCUUGCUGCUUUAAAGCGAACGAGUCUUCCUUAUUCCUAUGGUCUAAAUUACAUCUAUCCUAUUCAUCCUCUUGGCCACUCUGAACUCAUAGGUAGCAGUGGUUCGGUUUACCUUCUUUCGCUUUGCCUUGGGUUCGGUGGUAGUAAUAGUCCUUCUUUAGCUCGCUUCAAGUUAGACCUCGCCACAGCAGAUCGAAAAGUCGCUAAUUUAGCUCAGUCAAGUUCUCGUAUGGGGAAGGAUUUGGCCAUUGGCAGUUGA